AUGUACGAAGGUACACAGUUAACAGUGUACAGGUACUCCAGGUACCAGGUCAGGUCGAUGUCGGAAGCCCGACGCCAGAGUCGGUCAUCACUCGCGCGACGUGAUGCUCGCCGCUCGAGCGCUCCCGCCCGCGCGCGGCGUCCUCCCACUCCGCGCGCGCGCGUCCUCGACCGCGCGGGGCCGCCGCGCCGCCGCCGCCGUCGUCGUCGUCCCGCGCGCCGCGGCGGGGAAAGGGUUCGACGCCUCCGCCGUCACCGGCGGCCUCGAGAAGAAACGCUGCGACCUAUGCCUGGGCACGGGAACGCGCAAGUGCUACAACUGUCACGUCGCGGAAGGGUGGAGGGAGAAGAACUUCAGCACGUCCAAGUGCGAGCGCUUCCUCGGGAUCGGAGGGAAAGACGGCGAGGGCAAGUGCGGCGUGUGCAACGACGGAACGAAUCCCGCGAAGAAGCCCGGAAUGAUCCAGUGCUCGCGGUGCCAAGGGAAAAAGUUCAUAUACUACCGGAACGCGGACUGGCGAUGACGCGACGCGACGCGCGCGCGGCGGGCGGGCGGGCGGGAGGGCGGGGGCGAGCGCGAGGAAGAGAAGCGCGGCGCGGGGCACGUCGCAAAUCGAACGCCGUUCGUUCGUUCGUCGUCGUCGUCGUCGUCGUCGUCGUCGAAAGAAUGAAACCGUCCGUCGCCUAUCCGGCUCGAAACCCGCCGCCGCCGCCGCCGCCGCCGCCCGCGAACCCGAACCUGCCUCUGUUCCCCGCGAACUUAUUCGCCCCGUCGCCGCCCCCGCGCGCGCCGCCGUCGCGUCGACCCCGCGUCGGCCGCCGGCCGCCGCCGCGCCCACCGCCCCCCGCCCCCCGCGCGGGCGGCGGGUUCCCGCCCCCCGCCCACCCUCCGCCGCCGCCGCCGCCGCCGCCGCCGUGCGAAUGCGAGUGCGAAUACGAAUACGCGUACCCCUCGCGCGCGUGCGAAUGA